AUGUCCUGCUCCAGCCUGUGUGUCCCCAGCUGCGGGGUGGCCACCCCGGCCCCUCUGGCUGACACCUGCAACGAGCCCUGUGUGCGGCAGUGCCCCGACUCCACGGUGGUCAUCCAGCCCCCGGCCUCGGUGGUCACCUUCCCCGGGCCCAUCCUCAGCUCCUUCCCGCAGCAGAGCGCCGUGGGCUCGGCAGGAGCUCCCUAUGUGGGAGCUGGCUCCGGGGGCGCCUUUGGAAGCCGUGCGGGCUACGGGGCCCUUGGGGGCUAUGGAGGUUAUGGAGGCUGGGGCUAUGGAAGCCGUGGUGGCUACGGGGGUUGGGGCUAUGGAGGCCUUGGGGGCUAUGGGGGCUAUGGGAGCUGUGGCUACGGCGGCUGGAGCAGUGGCCACCGCUACCUGAAUGGCAACUGCUGGCCCUGCUAA